CACAAUUGUCGCAACAAUUUUAGCACCAUGCUUGACUUUCAUCACCCAAACAAAGAUCUAACAAGCAACACAAAUAUGACAAGGCUAGUAGGGAGCAUGCAUCAAACCUCGCUGCAUGCAUGGACGUGUACUGCAACUUACAACUCACUCGCCAGUCUGUCAUGCAUUUGUAGGGAAUGUAAUGAUUGUGCGCCUUGUAAGGCCUGUAAUUGUCCUGUCACUUGGUUUGCACGGUUUGGUAUUUUUUGUUGAUGAUUCAGGUGUGAAUGCAACUGGUCUCAAUUGGAAACAAGCGACACCACACUUCAACGAGACACACUUGAAGGCGUAUGUUGACUUCAUUAGCACAGUUUUUCCACCGCACAUCAGGAAGACACGUGCACUCGACUAUGAUGCUUCCGAGUCAGCAUCUAGUAGUACGCCAUCCGCCCCAUCCGCUUCCCAGUCACUUGAUUCUGGUUGCUCUCAGCCAGACGCACUUCCCACAACACCUCCGGCUACAACAUCCUUUCAAUCACCACCUCUGAGUUUAUCUGCACCCCCUGCUUCCACUGAGCGCUACGGCCUCCAUGACCCAUCUGUUUCUUUCUCCCCCAAUGUCGGUCUGCAGUCAUCCAAUGGAUACAACCUCCAAGACAUCUCAUUCACAACAAAGGCCUCAUUUGACGCGCCGAAUUGGGAAAAUCCACCGCCUCUUCUCUGCCCCUUACUCGACAGAUCUCCAAGCACGCCCAAUGGAUCUAUAGGCUCUUCCACCUGGAGGACACCACCUGUACUGCGCUCAUUCCUGUCUUCAUCAAACUCUUUCCCCCCUGCAUUACAGUUGUCCCCAAUCACAUCACAUUUGUUUACCCAAUCGGCAGCAUCGCACUUGCUACCUUCUUUGCCACCUAUAGCGACCCCGCAAUUCACGUUCCCGUCGCUCCCUUCCCCAUCACUCCCUUCCCACUCUCUUCCACAUCACUCCCCGGUUCUCCCUUCCCACUCCCUUCCACGUCACUCCCCGGUUCUCCCUGCCCCAAUUCUCCUUGCCCCGGUUCUGUUGUCCAUUUGUUCUUGAUUCGGUGCCCAUCGUUGUGCAGUGAUUCUCCAUUUUCUGCAGGGACACGCUGCUGAUAUUUCUUCCGACAGCGUCGACACUCCCGUCAAGAAUGUCAUAA